UGUGCGUAACCACUUUUAAAGUAAGUCUGAAAAAUAAGGAUACAGUACUACUUUGCUGCAGCGAUAAUCAUGUCGAAUACCAGUCGCCGAGAUAUUUGGGUGUCCAGUCCCGCCAUAAUACUGCAUCAGCUGCAAUGCACCGAGGAUGUGGCCGACGAAUCCGCCCUGGAGUACCACGAGAGCUGCAACCAGGCGUGGCGCGCCCAAUACAAGCAUCCCGUCAUGGCCCGAAUGGGAGUUGGUUUCGAGUUCGUGAACUCGACCUCUCGGUGCAUGAGCUCCUUGAGAAGCACCCAGGACGACACAGAGAACCACGUGAUCGGUAAUUCAUCUUCCAGCAGCAAUCGACUGGGGCCCACCCCCCAAUUCGACCAAAUCCCCCAUGUCGAAAUUCAGCCUUACAGUUUCGGGUCGGAUGACGAGAACCUGAUUCAGCACCUGGCCUAAUCCAAAUACCAUUUAGCCCCCAAAAUUCCCAGUGUUCGAAAGCCUUAUCCGAUUUCCUCGUUUCCCUCACCAGGAUACUCCUGCCUGACCUACCGCUGCCGCAUCUGAGCUCCGAUGAAUCCGGACUGGACGCGCGGUGCCCUUAAUUGUGGUCUUUUAUAGUUUGGAAUUAAAUUGCAUUUCAUCUUG